AUGCGCUCUCGCUCUCCGUCAACAAGUUAUCGUCGUGAUGAUUCUUUCCGUUCCCGUGAUAGGAGCAAGUCCAGGGAGCGAAGUCGUUCUAGAUCAAGAAGUUCUAGGUCUCAAUCCCGUUCAUAUCGUAGGCGAAAAAGCCGAAGCAGCAGUAGGGGUUAUAGGUCGCGCCGUGGUUACCCUAGUAGUUAUGGCUAUCGACGCACAGCGCCGAGGGAUCAUCCCCAACCUUCAAAAUGCAUUGGUGUCUUUGGGUUGUCAAUAAACACAUCCGAAAAGGAUCUCUAUGAAGUAUUUUCUCGUUACGGCGAAGUUACUGAUGUAACCAUUGUCUACGACAGUGUUACCGGGAAUUCGAGGGGAUUUGGCUUUGUUUAUAUGAAGCACCUUGCUGAUGCCAAAGAAGCGAAGCACGACGCACAUGGGAUGGAAAUCGAUGGUCGUCCCAUUCGGGUUGAUUACAGUGUCACUCAGCGCCCUCAUUCUCCAACGCCUGGUGUUUAUAUGGGCAGACCAUCAAGGCGUUUUGGUCGUCGUCGUUCACCUAGUCCCAGACGUCGCUACUCGCGCUCUCGUUCACGCUCUAGGAGCUAUGAUUAA